UAGACUGUAUGGGUUGAGAAGAACAUCUGCACGAGCUAAGCAGAAUGAUAGUCAACUAACUUGACAGACAACGUGACUUGAUCAAAAUUACAACUCUUCGUAAAGAUCCCUAUUAGUAAAGUAAUGAACAAGGGGAAGGACGAGUUUGACACUGGGCAACAGGAGUUGCCCGCAGAGAGAUUGAACAACAUUUCGACUGGAGUCCCAAAUGAGGGGAUCAUGUCUGUUGAGGGCUAUUCUGAGGACAGAGCGCUAUUUUAUCUGUCGAGAGAGAUUGAAGGGGAUGAAACAGACCCAAACAGCGGGUGUGGCAGCUUUAGAUUUUGCUGCCCAGUUCCAUGUGAUCAAAAUUCUACCAUGUCCCACUGUACAACUGCCACUUGUCAGGAUUUCAUGUCCAGCCCUUAUCGCUACAUGAAUCCCAAUCCAGGACUGAAUUCUGCAGCUUGCUCAUGGACAUCUGAAGGGGCAUUGCAUUAUGGAAUGAUGUCAAGAGAAAUCUGUGAUGCUGUGGCCAGCAUUAGCUCAGAUGUCACAGAGGAACGGUCAGAAGAAGUUUUCAUUAAACAAGAGUCAACUUUUGAAUUGAGAGACAAGCCGGACAUCUGUCAGCAUGGCAACCAUCCAAUUGUUUUUCUCUCACCUCUUGACCCGCCAGUGGAGAACAGUGCUGCUGGUCAGAUGUCCAACGUCUGCCAGGUUCUGCAUGAUGCAAAUGGCAGACCACAGGUGGUGGUUGUUAACCACCAAUCACUUCCAACGAUUCACUCAAUGCCCUUAGGAAGUCAUAGCUCCACCAGUCCAGAGCCACAAUUUCACACUGCACAAGGCAGCAACCCGGAGCUGUGCCCCCCAUGUGGAAAAGUUGAGGACCUUGGUCAUUUCGAUUACAUCAGUUCUUAUCCAGUGGGCCGGAUGAUUCCUUCCUCUUUGCCAGGACCAUGCACUCUACCAUCUCAGCAGUAUGGGCCCUCCCUCGGCCUACCGUCUGGCCACCAGGGCCUCCCCUCCAGUCCAUAUGGUGCCGCUGUCCCUUUAGGCCCUGGCUUCGGAUACAACCUCAUGCCUGGGCCCUACAUGUCACAGUUCCAUCAGAACUCGUGCUCUUUGUACCCAGAUACGCUAGGAUUAAAUCCAGAAAGUCAGCCAAAGAUGAUCCAAAGACAGUAUGAGAACACAGCGUUAAGUGGGUCACACUGGGACUACAAAUCCCAGAGGAAGCCUUGCAACUGCACCAAAUCACAGUGUCUUAAGCUAUAUUGUGACUGCUUUGCAAAUGGGGAGGUUUGCAGCAACUGCAACUGCAUCAACUGUUGUAACAACACUGAGCAUGAGACCGAAAGAUACAAAGCAAUCAAGAUUUGUCUUGAGAGAAACCCAGAAGCCUUUCGUCCAAAAAUCGGCAAUCGUAAACUUGGAGACCCUAAAGGGCGUCAUAAUAAGGGCUGCAACUGCAAGCGCUCUGGUUGCCUGAAGAACUACUGUGAGUGCUAUGAGGCCAAGAUCAUGUGUUCCUCUACUUGCAAGUGUAUUGGCUGUAGAAACUAUGAGGAAAGCCCAAAGAGAAAGUCAGUGGGCUGGGCAAGUCCUUGUAUGAUGAUGUCUGAGAAAGGCAUGGGUCAGAAGAGCAGGUGUCCACUGGCGUGCAUCACGCUUGACGUAGUGGAAGCCACAUGCGGCUGCCUCCUGGCCCAGGCUGAAGAGGCCGAGAAGGAAGGGUGCACUUUGUCUCAAGCUGAGCAAAUGAUUCUCGAGGAGUUUGGUCAGUGUCUGACGCAAAUCGAACAGUCGAUAUUCAAAAGCAGUGGCUUGCCUGUGUAGCCUCCAGAAAAGAGGAGGCGAGAAGACAUUGUCCACAGCUCAGGGCAUAAGGGAGUCAUGUGGGUUGGUCAUGCACUUGUCUAUUUCUGUUUUCUUUUGGGAGUCAUGUGUUUUUGUUUUGAAUGCAUAUAUGACUCAGGCAGUUUGGAAUAGUGUUGUCAACUGCACAUACCUGUAGCUACGAAUGUCUCCUCAAGAAUUUGUUUGUACGCAUUUAUGUAUUUAUUUAUUUAUUGAAUUGUAUUUAUCUAUUUAUUAUU